GGGAGUGUGGGAGUUCUCUAUACAUAAGGAGUGUCCCAGCUAGUGCAAGUGCAUGAACGCAGCCAGGACCACUGCAUUCCUUUAACUUUAUCCUCUGAGCACCAGAGAUUCAGAAAAACCUCAUAGCGAGAUGAAGCUCCUGCUAUUGCUUACCUUGGUGGCCUUCUCAGUGGAGAUGAGACAUGUCUCUUCCCAUAAAUCUCGCACUCGACGAGAGUUGUCCCCCGGACUUCAUACUCAAGGAAUCCGAGAUGCAAGUGGCUCAUACUGUCAGAGGCAUGAUGCUUGUUGCCCUGGAAGGAAAGAUGACUGCACAGUACCCUAUUUGGACACCAUUUGUUAUUGUGAUAUAUUCUGUAACCGGACAGUGUCUGAUUGUUGUCCUGACUUUUGGAGUUUCUGUCUUGGAAUUGAUCCACCAAUUCCUAUCCAGAAAGCUUGUGUCAGAAAUGGACAGUACUUUCCAAAGGGAGCCACCUACAAAGAAAACUGCAACCUAUGCACAUGCGCCAAUGAAGGCAAAUGGCAUUGCGAGCAAAAUCCUUGCCUCAUUAACGCAAAUGCUAUUGAGGCUGUGAACAGAGGGAAUUAUGGCUGGAAAGCUGGGAACUAUAGCCGCUUCUGGGGCCUAACUUUGGAUGAGGGCAUUCAGUAUCGGUUGGGCACUGCUAAACCUUCAUCUUCAGUCAUGAACAUGAAUGAGCUACACGUACACAUGAAUAAUGAGGUGCUGCCAACUUCCUUUAAUUCUGCAGAUAAGUGGCCAGGAUUGGUUCAUGGUCCAUUAGAUCAAGGCAACUGUGCUGGUUCCUGGGCAUUCUCCACUGCAGCCGUUGCUUCUGACAGAAUUUCCAUCCAGUCGAUGGGACACAUGACCCCAGCUCUCUCACCUCAGAAUCUUCUUUCCUGUGAUACCAGAAACCAACAAGGCUGUCGAGGUGGGCGUGUGGAUGGCGCUUGGUGGUACCUGAGAAGAAGAGGUGUUGUGACUGAUGAAUGUUACCCAUUUAUGGCACCAAAUGUGGAUGGAUCACCAAGUCCUUGCAUGAUGCACAGCCGCUCCACAGGUAGAGGGAAAAGACAGGCCACUACUAAUUGCCCAAAUCCAUACUCAUCAUCCAAUGACAUCUAUCAGUCUACACCGGCCUACCGUCUGGCAUCUAAUGAAAAAGAAAUAAUGAAGGAAAUAUAUGAGAAUGGACCUGUACAAGCCAUAAUGGAAGUACAUGAAGAUUUCUUUAUGUACAAGAGUGGAAUCUAUAAACAUACCCCGGUGAUGGCAGGAGAACCAGGGCAUCAUCAACGUCAUGGGACACACUCUGUAAAAAUUAUUGGAUGGGGUGAGGAGCAAGGCACAGAUAGAAGAAUCCACAAAUACUGGCUGGCUGCUAACUCCUGGGGCACAGACUGGGGAGAGAGAGGAUAUUUCCGCAUCGCUCGUGGUGACAACGAGUGUGACAUUGAAACCUUUGUAGUGGGAGUGUGGGGCAGAGUAAGCAUGGAGGAUGUUUCCCACAGGAAGUGAAAGGGUUAUGUUGAACUCUGUGUAUUUAUGGUAAAGUGGGAAGGAAAGUGCAGACCCUAUGCUCUUACUGCAGACUUUUCUAAUCCCACAGAUUUCCAUCUGGAUCACAUGAAGCCCUGGGAUGUGGCAUUUUAUAAAGCAGGGCAAUUUUCAUAGCGGGGCAUUUGCUGAUGCAGGGAGCAUGUGCAUCACAUAAAGGCAAAGGGAGGGUUGUGCUUGUAACCUUGUGAGUUAACUAUGGAACCAUUUAACCUGUUUCCUGCUUGAGUGAUCUGAAUGCAUUAAUGAUCAAUGUAUGUAUAGAUCGAACAGCAUUAUAAAUUAUUUUUUACAUGUAAACUUGCACAUAUCACCUACACGCUAGAAGUAUGAAUCCCAGUUAUGUGAUCGCACGCAAUACAGUUGCAUAAUUCCAUAUGAAAGCUGCCCAUUAUGUACCCUAGCUUUAAGAUAACUUAGACCUUCGUUAUAAAACUCUGCAUGUGGGCAGGAUGCAGAGGGGACCUACGUGUUUUCACACUAACCCUAUUAUGCUGACACAGAAGAGAUUCACAGCCUGUUGGAUUUAGAAAGGAUAAUGAUUCAGCUAAUCCCAUAAUCUUUGUAGGGAUCAGGGGGUUAUUGUUUGGCGCUGCCAUAGAGGGGCACACAGGCCUUUGAACCUGUCAGACACAGACAUCACCAUGCAGCCCUGGGGUCGGAUCUAUAAAAGGAGCAACUCUUUUUGCACCAAAGUGAUUGGUUAACACUUAUAUGUUAAACGUGACUGAAAAAAACAUAUCUUCGAGUAGCCUGCUGUAUAAUCAUAGUCAACAUUCCUGCCUCUUUCUUCAAUACAUUCAGUAUAGCACUUUGACUAUCAUGGACAUAUGUGAAUUAUUUACUGUAUCACCCAUAGCUACCUCUGCUGGGAGGAUAUGGCAUGUAUCUAGGGGUUUUGGUCACAUGUCAUUACUUAAACAAUCCAUACAAAUAUAACAAUGAUACAUUUAUGAAAAUAUAUUUAUUAAUUUGUUUAGAUAGUAAUAAUGCUUAUAUAACCAUUCCCCUAAUUAUUCUGGUGAAAAAAAAGCACAAUAUAGUCAUAUUAAGCUAAUGUUUGAGGACAAUAAGUGCCUGAUAAGACUAAGAAUUACAAGGUUCCAAUUAAUGUCAUGUUCUGUUUCUGCUGAUCACAAGGGCAUUUUACAGAUUUGUUUUGUACUCUUAUGGGAAAUGCAGUCAGAUUUGUUUUUGAUUUUAUGUGGGUGUUCUUUGAAUACCUUAGGUGCUAUGGACAAACAUUACUGCUCUUCAAGUUCCACUAAAUGUCCACAGUGAAUGCUUACCUGCAGUUGCCACGGCUCUGUACAAUGUGAGCACUUUCUACUCCAGGGUCACUAUGCAACAGAAGGACUUUUCAGUCAGGUGCCUGUGCUAAACUGAGAAAUAGCUGUGUGGCUUCCUAAGAAGACAUAUCCCCUUCCAUGUUUGGAGGCAGCAUUUUCUGAGGGGAACAUUACACUGCAAUGCAAAAACUCUCCUAUUGCCCUCCUUACAAUUUUUGCAAUAAAAUUAAGUACUUGAGUUUCUUUGCUCUCUUGUGUGUAUCAUGUAUUAUAUGAUGUGUGGCAGUCUGAUGAAGCAAAAUACUUAGGUGCGUGAUCCAGGAGUAAAAAAGUCUCUCCCUAAUCUAUAGAAACCAUGUACUGACGCUUCAGUGUGCAUGCAGAUUACCUGACAUGGGACAGAGUCUUCAGUCACAACAUUGUCUAACAAGCCAGAACAAAUAGCCCCCUGCUCUGUCCCUACAAGUGAGCAGGGUCAGUGUGAAAUGCUGAAAUGCAGCACUCAGUUUAAUUAUUGUCCAAACCAAAAUAAGAUGGAACUUCCAAUCAUGUAUUAUUAGAGGGAAUGGUGUGGGGCUUGUCAUUAUGCUGUGCUGUAUAUUUAAAUGAUAAACCAUUUUUAAUUAAA